GUAUCUCCAAUUGAAGCACAGCAAGUUUGGCAACACGUGGUUUCUGAGGAAUCCCUUUUGUCUGAAACACUUUCACUCCGUCCAUUUUUGAGGCUUUUGACUCUCCUUCACAGGCACACAAACAUAAAAGAGAAACACCCAUUUUUUUUCUUUUUUUAUUUCCCUUCUUCUUCUUCCCCUGGUUGCUGGCGAGUUGUUACCUGUGAGCUUGAGAUUUGGGAAAAAUGGAGGACCAGACAACUGAUGACUGGCUACCCCCUGGCUGGAAAGUGGAGGUGAGACAGAGGAGGAAUGGUAAAAAGGAUAAGUGUUACUAUGCACCCUGUGGUGAACUUAGAUUCAUUUCCAGGGCGGAGGUGUCUCGCUAUCUUGACAAGUGUGGUUGUAAAACAGAAGAGAAGGAAAAUGGCUCUGGCAAGCAAUCUUCAAAAAAUGUUACAGUUGAGAAGGCUGCAGCAGAAGGGUUACCUCCAGGAUGGAUUAAGGAAAUCAGGAUAACAAAGAGGGCACAUAGAGUCAGAAAAGAUCCUUUUUACACUGAUCCUGUGAGUGGAUAUGUAUUUCGUUCCAUGAAGGAUGCACUUCGCUAUGUUGAAACUGGGGAGCUUGGAAAGCUUGCUUUCAAGCCUAAGGACAAAGGCAGCAAUGAUGAGGACUUGGAAGAAGAUAAUAUCUGUGAACCUGCCCAUGUUGAGAGACAGAAGAUAGAUGUGAACGGAAUAACUGAUGAAACAGAGAGACAGAGUGCAGAACAGGUCUCAAAUUUGAGCGGGAUAACAAAGGAAGAAGAGAUGCUUGCUUCUGCCAGUACUGGAGAACAGAUAUCCCUUUCUAAACAUGCUACUAAUCAGCAUAAAGCUGGAGUAGGUGCUGAAUUGAGCAGUUUGAAACUGUCAGAAGCUAAGGGCUCUGAACAAAUAGGAGGAAAAGAUUCUGAAGAAGGUGUACAUGCCUCAGGCAACGUAGUUGGAGUCCUUUUAGAUAAACAGUCUAGUGAAAAUGGGAUGAUAAAGGAUGAAACUGAAAAAACCCAACAGGGAAGGGGCAAGACCAAGCUUAAAAAGGCAUUUAAUAUUCCUCGACGAGCUUCAAAGCGACUUGCUGGAGUUGCACUUGAUCCAACACCAGAACUAAAAACUGCUAGAGCUCGCCGAUCUUCAUUUAAGCAAUUAAGUGAAGUAAUACCAGAUGCAGCUGAGAGUUCUUCCCCUGGUAGGUGUAUCCAUGGGGCCUCCAAACAGCCUGAUCAACCCGAGUCUGCUCUGGAAACAAGCUGUGACCUGGACUCUCCUAAGAGUAAAGAGCUGAUACUGGCACCGAAUAACAUGCUUUCUUCUGGGGAAAUGUUGACAAUGAAUGGUCAUGUUGGAAAUUUAGAAACUGAGGCUGAUGCAGAUAAUGGUGUUUUGCCUCUGGGGAAUGCAGCUAUUCCAGGAGUACAUUCUGGAAAGGUUGAAAGUGAUGUUAAAGCUAGUGAGGUGCCAGGAUCCCUUGUUGAUAUGCCUCUUGCAGAUUUAUGGACAGAUCCAUGCAUUGCAUUUGCCAUUCAAACUCUCACUGGAAUACCCUGUGAUAAUCCAAAGAUCUCUGAGUUGAACAGUAGUAAAGGUCCAGGUAUUCUGGCUACUCCAGAAGUUCAUGCUGAGAGGAAAGUAAAUGGAAAUGGCAGUGUUGAAAGACAAGGAUGUGGUAUGGAUCUGCCUCUGGCAGACCCAGCUAUUCCAAAAGAACAUGCUGGAAAGGUUGAAAUGGGCCACAAGACUGAUGACAAGCCUGGGUCAUCCCUUGAUACGCCUUUGGCAGAUAUCUGGGCAGACCCUUGCAUUGAGUUUGCAAUAAAAACUCUCACGGGGGCAAUUCCAGUUGAGUACGAUCUGGAGAAUCAGGAUUACUUUCGGCGGCAACCGAGCUCUUCACUGACCCAAUCCAGUAAUCACUUGACCCUGCCAGAUGUUGGUAUAGAUAACUUCUCCCAAACUGAUUUCAUAUGCCAGCAAUACGAUGUUACAGAGAAGGCUAUGUCUAAAGAACAUGCUUUUAUAAAUCCUAUAUUUAAUUAUUCUCACCAUCGCAGUGGAGAGAGGCCAUGAAUGCUGAAGGCUAUCACCAUUUUUGUAUAGUUCAGGAAACUUGCUAGAAAUUAGAAAAGACUACUAACCUUGUAACCCUUCUCUCUAUGGUUCAUUGUUUGGGUACACAUAAUUUUAGAAUGAGGUUUGCCUCAUUAAGCCCACUAGUUAGCUUGGCAGUGUGACACUCUGUGGAAUUUGUAAUCACAUAACUACUAAUUGUAGUGCCGGCAUCGUUUCCAAUGUGCUGCUAUGCUUUCUUGAU